AGAGUCGAAUGAUUCUGGAUGCCUUUGCCCAACAAUGCAGCCGGGUUCUAAGUCUCUUAAAUUGUGGUGGAAAACUACUGGACAACAAUCACUCUCAGUCCAUGAUUUCUUGUAUAAAGCAGGAAAACCCAAAUUAUAGUGAAAGACAAGAGCAAUGUCAGCUUGGGAAAAUGGUUCAUAGUCAGACGUCAGACAUUUUAGACAUAGAGAUGCAGUAUAUGCAAAAGAAACAACAAACCUCAGCCUUUCUGAGAGUUUUUACUGAUUCCCUUCAGAACUAUUUGCUUUCUGGGAGCUUCCCUUCUCAGAACACCUCAUCAGUAAAUGAUUUUAGCCAUUUGGCAGAUGUGGAUCCACUUUCAACCUCUCCAGUACACACUUUAGGUGGAUGGACAUCUCCAGCAACAUCAGAAUCUCAUGGUCACCCGUCAUCUUCUACACUUCCAGAGGAGGAAGAGGAGGAGGAGGAAGAAGGUUACUGCCCUCGGUGUCAAGAGCUAGAGCAGGAGGUAAUUUCAUUGCAACAAGAAAAUGAGGAACUUCGUAGAAAGUUGGAGAGCAUCCCAGUGCCCUGCCAGACCGUUUUAGAUUAUUUGAAGACUGUUCUUCAGCAUCACAACCAGCUUAUGGUACCACAGCCAACAGACCAUCCAACUGAGGGGAGUAAGCAGUUGCUGAACAACUACCCUGUCUACAUCACUAGUAAACAGUGGGAUGAGGCUGUAAACUCUUCCAAGAAAGAUGGACGACGGCUCCUUCGCUAUCUCAUCAGAUUUGUUUUCACAACCGAUGAGCUUAAGUACUCAUGCGGCCUUGGAAAAAGGAAAAGGUCAGUGCAGUCAGGAGAGACAGGUCCUGAAAGACGUCCUCUGGAUCCAGUAAAAGUAACAUGUCUCAGAGAGUUCAUUAGGAUGCACUGUACUUCCAACCCAGACUGGUGGAUGCCAUCCGAAGAGCAAAUCAACAAGGUGUUCAGUGAUGCAGUGGGACAUGCUCGCCAGGGGCGUGCAGUGGGCACUUUCCUCCACAAUGGGAACUCCUACUAUGAAGGGACUGACCACCCAGGAUCCCAGGAUGAAGUCUUCAAUAGAGGUAUGCAAGAUGGAUCUGGCGAUUGAUGGCAGUGAGAACCACCUCAUACAACAGUAGCAACCACUUAAUUUAGGAGAGACUAUUUGUUAAACAUACUUAACCCUGCUGUCAUUUAGGAGUCCAAAGCAUGUUUGAACACAUACUGCAUACAUUUCAGCUGCUCCAUCCUACCAUAUCCCAGUUAACAGAAAGAAAUUCAUUUCAAGACUUGCUUGAUGGGACUUCUCAGUGCCUAUUAUUUCCAAAUCCUUCAUAGCACCCUUAAAGGGAAAGUGCAGUUCAUUUCAUCUAGUUGUAGAG